AUGAGCAUCAAGAACGAGAAAAGAAGUUGGAAGGGCCUGAACCCAGAUGAGCAGAUAGAGGCGGCAUUGGAGGAUGGGCUCUCUAGGGACAGGUCGGGGAUCGAUGGGAAGCCUGUUUAUGCAGAACUUGCUAAGAGCAGUAAGCCGCAGUACGAGGCGAUGAUGGAGGUUUGGAAAGCGUACGAAAGGAAAUACCCGGGGUCCGAUCCUCGCAGCAUGGAAGUCAUGAAACACUUUACCGAAGUGGUCGGACGCGCGACGCCUGGCAGGCUGGACAAGGAAAAGAGCCUGGACAAGGACAAGAACAAGAAACGGGCAACGGUCAAGACGAUACGGAAUAAGAUUCGAAAAUUCAUGUCACAAUGGCAGAGGGAGACUCACCUUACCAUCCCUAAAGACGUUCAUGACUCGAUGGCUCCUUACAUCAAAAAUGUACUGAGACACAAAAUUCCGCUGUCUAUCGAGGAGAAAGAACCUACGUAUCUGACGAUAGAGAACUAUGUCGCUAUGGAAGAGUUCCACUGGCUGAACGAUCAUCACAAUUACAUCCACGAAGCGAGCCGAGUAGACUCUAGUGCCCUAUUGAAGAUGCACUGCUACACCUCUGCAAGAUUACAAGAAAUCUGCAAGGCAAAGUACAAGGACCUUCUUUGUAUGGUCGCGUGGAAAGACGGAGAGCCAGAGAUCAAGCUACGGUUCAAAAGAGAGCGCACAAAAGGCAUGCAAGACAAUCCCAACAAACCAAAGCAUCCCAUAUACGAGAGACUAAAUCCUACACCUCCUCUGCUCGUCAACGGGCUUUUGUUUUUACUGGCUAUCUUUAUUUCGGCUCGCGCAUUUAAGGACUACGACACUAUCGAGGCGGUCCUCAAUGCCAGACCGCCACCCAGAAGAAGGUUUGGGAUUAUGGAGUGGGCAGACGCCGUCUUGGACGAUCCAGUCUUUCCAGAGAUGUCCGUAAAUGGACCAACCAAAAAAGAGAAAAACGAGUCCGCGUGGGGCCACCAGUGUUCCGAUUGGGCAAAAAGGGCAGACUUUCCAGGAGGAAUAGGAUUACAUGCCCCUCGCCGCGAAGCACUGAUCAAAGUAGACGAUGGCGGCUACUCGCUUGGACAGGUAAUGAAGUUCGCCGCGCACAGGAACCCAAGAACUCUUGUCGGCCACUAUCUGGACAACACAAGUAACGUGGACGGUGCCGCCGUCUUCCUGGGGCUGCAACCACGGCGGGACCUUACAGAGGACUUUCGCAGUGCGUCAAUGAAGAGAAAUCCCGAUCUCCCGCAGUCAAUCCCCAGCAAAAGUUUGGAUGAACUAAAGCACCGCCCGCAAUUUGUCGCCCUUUGCGAACAAAUUGAGGACCUCUCUCUUCAACUCACCGCUGACAUCACCGAAGAGGAGCGGAAAGCACUGAAGGCCAAGAGGCGCCAGGCUUAUGAUCGGCGACAGCUGCUGGUGGACGAAGAGUUGGAGAACUGCCGCAAAGUUGAACGGCGAGUCCAGACCACUCAAAGUGAGGCAGAUGACCACGGGGACUGGCGUCGCAGUUAUUUCAAUCGUGUCGUCCGCCACAUGGUUCCUGAACGUGACCGCCUGGCCCGGACUCUACCUCUCGCUGUCCCUCUGCGAAGCCCCGAAGGGAUCUCUACCCUCCGAGACCUUGUUGCUCUCCGAGCGAACGAUUCUCGCGUUGCUUAUCAGGAAGUGUUGCGGCCCACAGGAGAUUCCUGUCCAGUUUCUUCCUGCAACCGGAGUAUCAAAGAUGUUGCCGUCAAAGAUAGGUGGAAGCACAUAUACUGGUGCUCCAAAGGCCAUCACACCAAACAGUUCGGUUUCGCCGAGUUUUGUUUCCGAUGCAGCCGUUGGAUAACUAACGAGAACGAUUGGGAAAUCCACUGUCAAACUCACAUCGACAAUCUCGACGUUCCCUUGCGAUGCGACCCGGUCACUUUCCGCCACGCGGUUGCCUGCACCGGGUAUUGUUGCGGCUGUCUCCGCAAAGUCGGGCGUCCGGCGGCUGUGAGGAUGCAACAGUACCCAGAUCGAGGGAUCUGGCAGCGACAUAUAUCUGGAUGUAUCCCAGAAUAUGUCGCGAGUCUGAACUCCAAGGAUUACUUUCCAUGCCCACAUCUGUUAUGCUCUACGGUGCUCUUUUCGGAGUCCGGCCUUUGGCAUCAUCUGGAAGACUUCCACGGUACUCCUAAGCCGCAACGCACACAAAAGCGUCAACGUUCGCCGGACCAGAGCGUGAAUUAUGAGCUUGAGCCUCCCGAUACUGCCCGGCGAAAGCGGUCUCGCCCCUUGGCCCAGUUGGAAGGCCGAGCCUCAAGACCAAGACCUAGUUGCAAAUCAGGGACUAAGCGGCACCCCUCUGAAGACACAGACGACCGCAAAUUUGUUAACAUCUCGGCCCUCAACUUUGAUCCCAACCCCCCGGACGGGAUCCAAACGCUGUCGGUGAUCGGCAGUUUCACUUCACGGUGUACAACACAAGCGGAUAGCGUUUGGGAUGCGGGUGAUGACUGCAUCAGCAUCGACAGUUCGUUGUCAUCCCUGUCAAGUGGCCUGUUCGAAGCAGUGCCUGAAGCUCGAAAGCACUGUCCCUCUCCCUGGGCCACCCCGUCAGAAGCUGCCGCCGCCACGAUCCCGAUCGACCCAGAGAUCAUCCGUCGAGGGCGUCCAGCGGCAGACUUCGACCAGAUCGAGGUGGUUGAUCUCACAAACCCUCACGAUAAGUCCGUGCGUAUUGAAUACUACCAACUAUGGUAUAGCAAUGCCGAUUUGAGUCGCAGUCGACCCGCUGCCAUAGAACCAGAAGAUAAUCAGUGGAAGAUCGAGAAAUUGCUGGGCAAACGUCAGGUGAGAAGACGGGUUCAACAUUUAGUGAAGUGGUUUGGUUAUCCAGACAAUGAAAGUACCUGGGAGCCUCCAGAAAACGUCCAUCCUGACGAUAUUGGGGAGUUUGAGGCGCUAUAUCACUUUAAAUCUUCGGAGUUUAGACAUUCGGGUUAG